UCUAGAGGCCUUGCCCGUGGAGCAGUUGGCCAGUCCCAAGCUCUAGUAGGGAAGGGUGUUCGGCGUGCCUGAUACCUGCUGAUAGCGCUCUGAUUUUUCUCUUCCAUCUGUGUUAUUCAUGGAUUGAAGAGACCAAAAUGGCUGAAGAGACAAAGCCUGGAGGACACAAAAAUGGGAGGAAAGGAGGACUUUCUGGAAGUUCAUUUUUCACAUGGUUUAUGGUCAUUGCAUUGCUGGGAGUCUGGACAUCAGUAGCUGUCGUCUGGUUUGAUCUUGUUGAUUAUGAGGAAGUUUUAGCCAAAGCAAAGGACUUCCGUUAUAACUUAUCGGAGGUACUUCAAGGAAAACUAGGAGUCUAUGAUGCUGAUGGUGAUGGAGAUUUUGAUGUGGAUGAUGCCAAAGUUUUACUAGGCCUUAAAGAAAGAUCUGCUUCAAAGCCAACAGUCCCACCGGAAGAAGCUGAGCCAUACCCGUGGCUGGAGGAGCAGGUCCCCGAGGAUUCAGGACCUCGGAAUAUUGAAGAUGAAGUAGAAGAACAAAUUCAGCCCCUUCUCCAUGAGGCAGUCUACACAGAACAUGGAGACGAUGUGCAACAAGAAGAGGAUGGACAAGCGAGAGAACCACAACUGGAAGAUGAUGAUUUCCUCGUAGGAGGUGAUGCAGAUGAUAGAUUUGAGUCCCUGGAGACUAGAACAUUUCAUGAAGAAACUGAAGAUAGUUACCAUGUAGAAGAGACAGCUUCACAGGCUUAUAAUCAGGAUAUGGAAGAAAUGAUGUAUGAGCAGGACAAUCCAGAUGCCACGGAACCUGUAGUAGGUGAUGAUGAAAGAAGGAACCACGAAGCAGAUGACCUUACAUACCAAGACUAUGAUGAACCAGUAUAUGAGCCAUUGGAAAAUGAAGGGCUAGAAAGUUCAGAUAAUGCUGUAGAAGAUUCAAACAUAAUUUUAGAAGAAGAGCACAUGCCCCCUGCUGAAGAACAACAGGAGGUACCACCAGAUACUUAAAGCUUCAGAAAGACUGCCCCCACUACCGCAGGAGGACCAGCCUAACCAUACGCUCCAAAAGAUGGCUGUGAUAGGUCUUGUGACGCAAUUACUGAGCAGACCAAGAUCUUUGGGAAUGAACACUAAAGAUGUUUUCAAUCAAUCAUAGUCCACUGGCAUCUUAGUGUAUUUUUUUUUUUUUUUUUAGAAACAGAAAUUACAUGUAAUGUUACAUUCCUGCAUGUCCAUUUUCAAUAGCUUUAGUGGAUCCUUUGGUUUUUCUCCUCUUUCUUGUUGUGACACAGCUUCCGAUCUUACCUACAUUUAUGUGUGUUGUUCAGAUAACAGUUGAUUAUAUUGACGAUGUAGUAGCAUUUGUCUUGGCAGGGUUUUACUGUGUAUAUGACUGGUAAUUACCCCUACGUCUGUUGGACUGACACGUGUAAACGGCAUAAAUGUGACCUCAAAGCCAUGAAGAGUGCCCUGCGCUUGCACUCCGAGGCCCGCUACUGACGGUCACGGUUAGCUGUGAAGAUUGGAGCUGGAUAUACCCGCACUGAUAUCCUUAGAAGACGUUUCUACCUUGGCUUCGAGUGUUCAGGGUAAAACUCAAAUUUUGAGGUUCCUGGAGCUGGUAGCUCACUGAUGAGAAAAGUUGAAUAUUUCGGUGCAAGUCUUAAGUUAUCGUGGUUUAUUUAUUUUUCAGAUCGAGGGGGAACAGUUAAAAUUCCUUGCUAGGAUAUAGGCAAAAGGAAUGGCCUGCUCUGUCAUGCAAAAACGCUGUCGGGCACCUCGGAUCAAUCAUAGAAUAGCUUUGUCCCUUCGGUAUUUGUUGAAAUUUUAGAAAACCUGUAUAAAUUGCCAGUGCACAUCUUAAAGGUUGCUCUGCCGUUGGCUAAUUGAGUUAUGCCCUCACAACACUGGAGACGGCCCCGUGAUCUUACUAGAGAACGAUGCCUCUAGCUGGGUUGAUGUAGGGCGUGUGGAAGGUGCACACAAGCCGCUUUUCCUGCUGCUGUUUGCAACGUAUGAGCCUUUUCUUUUCCACCCUGAAGAGUUUCUUCUACUUUUAAAGUGGUUUAUUUGGACUCAGCAAUAGUUGCUGUGAUGAAAAUACUCAUUUGUUAGGAAAAGAAGGUAGUGACAUCAUUUUGAAAGGACCAUGAGCUAUUAAAAUCAAAGGAAAAGCCAUAAGAAGUAAUUUCAUUUCCAUGUCAGGGAUAGCUCUUGAUUAUGUUAACAUUGUUUUAAGAUAAGAUGACUUUCUUCUCCCCUGCUUUUAGGGUUACAAUCAGAGAGAUUUUAUAUUUUUAUCCUUAUAGAUCAUAGUUACAACAUAGUGAGUAAUGCAUGCUGACCCAGUGGGUAGUGAAAUCCAGAAGACUGAGUUACUAAGAAAAGCAAUAAUUUUCUAAAGCUGUGAUAUGGGUAAUACGGAGUUGCUACUCAAAUUCUAAUAAAGCUCUUAAUUCAUAUUGUGAAUUAUAGAACACUACUUUUUAUAAAGCCUUAUUUUUUUAGGGCAACUUAGCAGUGACAUAGAACUGAUAAAUGAGUAGAAUUUUGCUGGAUUUUUGUAUAUAAUCUCUAGAGCUCUGGAAACUGAGGAUUCGUUAUAAUGUGGUCAACUUCAAAUACUUUCUGAUUCCAAAUAUCUGAAUUAAUGAGCCUUGUCUUCACAAAUACGAGCCACGCUGGGCAAUAUCAAUGGAUUUUCUAAAAAUAAUGUAAAUGUCUUCUGUUUAAUGUUAUUUGAGUGCAAUAAAAUGCAGAAUUCUUCUCUA